AUGCAAUUCGUCAACCUCCCGCCCAAUGGCGCGCUCACAGACACCUAUGAACUGGUUUCCCCAAUAGGCUAUGCUUCGCAGUCUCACUGUGGCUACUGCUCCGGCAAAGACCGGCGGCCAGCUAAGCCGCGUGGCAUCUCGUAUUACGCCAAUGCCUCAGCUCUAAGCCCGGCCUUUUACCAGAUUCUUCUUGAUCGCUAUUGGAGGCGGUCCGACUCGAAAGAGUUUAAGCCCUCGCGCGAUCAGAGGCAGACGAUAAACCGCUUCAAUUCCCAUGUGCUUGGUGACCAGUACGUAAAGGAAGCCGCACGGCGAUACCCAAGAACAAAGGAAGAAUCCAAAAAGCGAAAUAAUGAAUUCCAAUUUCUUGAGCGAAUUCAUGAGGCAGAACAUGCCACUCUGAAAAGGCCCCCAGAGCCUGCACAUCGACUCGACAUCACUCUGGAAGAAGACAGCUUCACAGAAGAAAAGUUCGCCGUCUUUGACAAUUACCAACGGGUUAUUCACAAGGACGAUCCGGGUGAACGAACACGUAAAUCUUUCACACGGUUCCUCUGUAGCUCGCCCCUGCGUCGGCACACCGAGACUCUCCCAGACGGCACAAAGAAGCGACUUGGCUCGUACCAUCAGUGCUAUCGCCUCGACGGUAAACUGGUCGCUAUCGGCGUGCUUGACCUAUUACCUCAAUGUGUGAGCUCUGUGUACUUUUUCUACGACGAGAGCAUCCACAGGUUCAGCCCUGGUAAGCUUGGCGCCUUGCACGAAAUCGCACUCGCCAGUGAACAAGGCUACCGCUGGUGGUAUCCGGGCUAUUACAUCCACAGCUGCCCCAAGAUGCGCUAUAAGAUGGAUUUUGCCCCUCAGUACAUUCUUGAUCCCGUUACCUUGAGCUGGGAUCCGCUGGAUAAGAAUGUGCUUGCGCUGCUGGAUCAGUCGUCCUACGUGAGUCUGUCCCAGCAGGCUGCCUCAGAGGGUCAACAUCUCAAUGUCUCCAACCCGAAAGAUCAGGGCGAGAAUGGUUAUGACAGCCAUUCGGAUGAUGACGGUACCGGCAAAUCACUCUUUGACGCCAACAUGCCAGGGAUACCCUCCCUGGCCGAGAUGGAAAAUGUAGACAUGGAUGGCAUCCGUGUUUUGGGACCGUCUCCUGUAUUUUUAUACAGUAUGUCUGAUCUAGUUGGUUGGGAUGACUGUACCAUCUAUGACUGGCCCAAAAUCAAGGCGCGAAUGGCCGAGCUGGUGGGUGCCAUGGGAGUAGACACGCCGCCAAAGCUAUGCAUAGACAUUAUGCGUCGUGGAUAG